GCUACCUACCUGUUGUCUCGCUUACUAUCAUUAAUAAACAUUGGUAACAAACAGUUUCAAAAAAUAAAUAACAAUGUGGCUUUUUGCUGGAUUAAUGUUUGCUUUUGCAUCAAUAGUUAUAUUUUUGAUCAUUCUAACACACAUAUAUAUAUCUAAAGCAGAAAUUGAGUCUCUUGAUAAACGCUAUGUGUUCAUAACUGGUUGCGAUACAGGAUUUGGGAAUCUCUUGGCGCGUACCCUUGACGCAAAGGGUGUCAAGGUGAUUGCUGGCUGUCUAACAGAAAAAGGCUCCAAUGACCUGAAAGAAGUAACUUCAUCCAGACUAAAAACUGUUCUUAUUGAUGUAACCGACAAAAAGUCCAUCAAAGCUGCAUAUGAGUUUACUCUUGAACAUACUGGAAAUGAAGGAUUGUGGGGAUUGGUCAACAACGCAGGGAUAAUGCCGACAUUCGCUCCAGUCGAAUGGACACCAGUUGAAGAUUUUGAAGGGGCAUGCAAAGUAAACCUUUUUGGAACUAUUUCCGUCUCUUUGCAAUUUCUGCCUCUCUUGCGCCAGUCUCAAGGCAGGCUUGUAAACGUCAGUAGUGUGACGUCCACGUGCGCAUACCCGGGUAUUGCCAAUUACGUCAUCUCUAAAGCUGGCGUCAAGAUGUUUUCAACCUGUUUACGUCGUGAACUGCUUAAUACCGGCGUAACAGUCCAUUCAAUAGAACCAGGAGGUUUUAAGACGAACAUCACCGAGCAAGACCGUUUAAUAAAUAUCUUGAAGAAAGCUUAUCUGAGAGCGGAACCAGAGACAAGAGAAUUCUAUGGCGGUCAAAUUACAACCCGUAUAAUCAAUGGGAUGAAACUGUCAGCAAAGCAUGUGAGGGGUCAUCCGCAGACUGUAGCGGACGCAAUGACCCAUGCUCUUGUUGCUAAGCAACCAAAACUGCGUUAUCUUGUCGGGACGGACGCUCAUCUCUUCUUUAGGCUCCUGUCUUGGCUGCCGGAAUGGAUUGUAGAUCACAUAAUUGGAUGGCCUGCUCCGUAUGGCGAAGUAAGCCGAGACUUUGAAGAACUACAUGAUCUGAAAAACAAAUGAAAUCAUCGAUGUAAAAAUGCCAAAGAUAGGAGAAACAUAGCUGCACGGAACAGAUACAAGAUAUGCUGAGCGUGUUCAUCUAUUAGACGUAUCUACCAAAGUUUCCAUUUUUCAUUUUCAUUUAGUUUACUCAUUUAUUUGCAAGAGAAGUUUGUAAUUUUUAUUUCAUGACAGUAAACGUAACAUAAAUCAUGAAAUAAACUGUUUUACUAAUUUCCAGGAAAAUGUGUACAUGCAAGCUUUUUUCAAAACUCCUGUCUAUAUGUGUCAUAUAUAUGAUAACUGUUCGUUUUUAUUUGAUACGAGUUUUUGUGAUUCAUAUCCUUAUGUUUUUUUGUAUUGAAAAAUGAAAUAUUAAAGAAAAAGAUGGAUACGUUGGAUAUAGAUAUGUAUACGUGUUUAUUUAAAAAGAUGCAGACAGCCAAUGGUUUUCGUUUUUACCCGACAUAAUUGUGUGUCUACUUUUAUUUACAUCCUAAAAUUCUAUUCCCCACAAAUAUAGGUGUUGUUCAGCAACUGUUAUAAUGAAGUUAUUAUGACAUUUGAUGCAAAUGUGCAAAUGCCCUCAUUACCUCGUUUGUCUAUUCUCAAAUAAUCAAACAUUUUAUGAAAAAGAAAACGAACUUUCUUGUUUAAUUAUACGAUUAUACUUUUAUUCUGUGAAAAUAUGUAAUUUGAGUGAGUGAGUUGUUUAUGUUAUGAGUACAUAAUUGCUUUGAUUAUGUUAUGGGUACAUGAUUGCUUUGAUUAUAUAUGUCUAAAAUUAGGCCUAACUGAUGAGAAUUAUGACAGAAAAUACUGAAUAAUGAGGUGUGUCCACAUUAUUUUCGUGUGAAUUUCAUAAUGUAUAUUUCAUCAUGCAACAAAGCAAUGCAAUUUAUAUGCUUUAAGGUAGUGUAUCCGUAUUGAAAAUCGGCAAUUUCCGUGUGAUUACGUAUUCGUAAACGUUACUUUGGCAUUGUUCGAUCGUUACUGUGCCCCUUACGAGCACAUGGUUUCCGAUAACAACCGGAGAAUGCCGAAGUCUCAUACGGAGAAUACGUAUUCGGACAGAAGUUGCCGGUCAGUUUUUAAUCUCAAAUCCAUUGUCAAGGAUGUUUUGGUGUACAUUUUGAUGUUUAUUUAUUCAUGUUUAAAUUUUCACGGUGUAGUUACUUAGUAAAGGAUAAAACAAU